CGUGGGUAUGGGGGACCAAUGCAGCCAGGAGUGUUCCAUGGAUACCCCCUCAAAUCACCCAAAGUGCAAGGUGCCUAUGGAGCAAAAACUGCAGGUGGAAAACUUCCAUAUGGUUAUGGCGGCUUUAAUGUUGCACCUGGACUGCCAGGAGUGCAAGGUGGCCCCGGGUCGAAGCCAGGAUAUCCUGUUGGAACUGGAGUGGGAGUCAUUUCACCUGGUCAGGGUGGUACUGGAGGCUUUGGAGCUGGUGGUGGUGGCUUUGGUGGCACUGGUGGGCUGUAUCCAGGCCAGGUGUUAGGAGGGUAUGGAGCUGCUAAGGCUGCCAAAUAUGGAGUUCCAGGAGGUGUACCUGGGGGAGUACCAGGAGGUGUACCUGGGGGAGUACCAGGAGGUGUUCCUGGGUUAGUACCAGGAGGUGUACCUGGGGGAGUACCAGGAGGUGUUCCUGGGUUAGUACCAGGAGGUGCACCGAUUGGAAGAAUUCCAGCGGUUGGUGGAUAUUUACCAGCAGCAAAAGCUGCUAAGUAUGGAACGGGAGGACAAAUAGGCACAGGAGGGCAAAUAGGCACAGGAGGGCAACUAGGAACAGGACAACUAGGAACAGGACAACUAGGAACAGGGCAACUUGGAACAGGAGGGCAACUAGGCACAGGAGGAGGAUAUUAUCCUGCAAGCAAAGCUGCCAAAUACGGGGGACAACUAGGAACGGGACAACUAGGAACGGGACAACUAGGAACGGGACAACUAGGAACGGGACAACUAGGAACAGGGCAACUAGGAACAGGGCAACUAGGAACAGGGCAACUAGGAACUGGAGGAGGAUAUUAUCCUGCAAGCAAAGCUGCUAAAUACGGAGGGCAACUAGGAACGGGACAACUAGGAACGGGACAACUAGGAACGGGACAACUAGGAACGGGACAACUAGGAACGGGACAACUAGGAACGGGGCAACUAGGAACGGGGCAACUAGGAACGGGGCAACUAGGAACAGGACAACUAGGAACAGGACAACUAGGAACAGGACAACUAGGAACUGGAGGAGGAUAUUAUCCUGCAAGCAAAGCUGCUAAAUACGGAGGGCAACUAGGAACAGGAGGGCAACUAGGAACAGGAGGGCAACUAGGAACAGGGCAACUAGGAACAGGACAACUAGGAACAGGGGGAGGAUAUUAUCCUGCAAGCAAAGCUGCCAAAUACGGGGGACAACUUGGAACAGGAGGGCAACUUGGAACAGGGGGACAACUUGGAACAGGAGGGCAACUUGGAACAGGAGGGCAACUUGGAACAGGAGGGCAACUUGGAACAGGAGGGCAACUUGGAACAGGAGGGCAACUUGGAAUAGGAGGAGCAUAUUAUGCUGCAAGCAAAGCUGCCAAAUACGGUCAAGGUGGUGGAGGGUUUAUUCCAGGUGUUCGUGGAGGUGGUGGUGGAUUUUUACCAGGAUAUGGAUCUUUGGCAGCCAAACCUCCUAAAUAUGGAGUGCCAGGAGCAGGCCUAGGAGGAGGGGUUGUCCCAGGGGGAGGAGGGGUUGUCCCAGGAGGAGGAGGGGUUGUCCCAGGAGGAGGAGGGGUUGUCCCAGGGGGAGCAGGACAGGUAGUCCCUGGUGGUGGAUUGGGUGGUUUUGGAGGUGGUGCUGGAGUCAAACCACCAAAGUAUGGAGUUCCUGGAGGAGUCGGAACAGGGCUAGGACCUGGAGGAGUUCCUAUUGGAGGAUCAGGAGUUGCAGGUGGACCGUACUCCCCCGCCGCAAAAGCUGCUAAAUACGGAGUUGGAACUGGAGGUCUACCUGGAGGAGUUCCAGUUGGAGCAAAAGCACCAAAAUACGUAGUUCCAGGAGUGACUCCAUACACACCUGUCAGUUUUCCAAAUGGCUCUGUUGUACCUGGUCAAUUAGUUCCUGGAAAACCAGCAAAGGAUGUCAGUGGAACUCCUCGGCCAGGUGUUUCUGGUGGAAUUGUUCAGCCUAGUGCUGGCACAGGUGUUGUUGGAACGGGAGUUGAUGCUCCCGCUGGUGUUGACACUUCACGCCAAGUUCAACCUGGUCCUGGUGUUGGAACAGUUGGAAAAGCACCCAAGCCAUUUAUACCAGGUACUGGCUAUCCUUAUGGAGCACCUUAUGGAGUACCUUUAGGCACUGGACCCGGAACUGGGCCUGGAACUGGGCCUGGAACUGGGCCUGGAACUGGAACACUGCCUGGAGCAAAGCCUCUGAAACCUCCAGCUGUGGGUGGUGUUGGAGAGAGACCAGGAAUCCCACUGGCUGCAGGAGGUUAUCAAGGUGGAGUUGCGUAUCCUGGAGCUGCAGCUAAAGCGCCAAAACCAGGCUACGGCAAUAUUGGAGGUGGUGGUGGAUACCAACAAGUUCCUGGUUACAGAGGAGGAUACCCCCAGCAGUACUACCAAGGAUAUGUGCCGGCCCCGCUGACUCCUCAACAAGCCAAAGCAGCAAAGUACGGUGCUCUGCAGGGCUUCUUUGGUGGUGCAGGUGGAGGAGGAGGCGGAGGAUUCUAUAGAGGUGGCGUUGCAGGAUGCCAGGGCAAAUACUGUGGGAGGAGGAAGUAGAGGAUCUCUCGAGAUCCAGUGACCUCAAGAAACCAUGGUGCUACUGCAUGAUCGAGAAUGUACAUUUUAUAUGCAAAGCCCCAUUAGACAACCUGUAAAGAUGUUUGUUUUUACUUACUUGACUUCAGUGUCUGUUUUUACACAAACCCACCGACCCAGAAUUUUGUACAUGUGAUGUAUGUUAUUGACAGUGCCUUUAAUCAUUAACGUGUUCAAGUUAACCAAGUUAAUUCUGUACCGCACCGGCCCACCAUGUGCCGCUGCGUCCGUGCACGCACGCCUGCACGUGUGUGUAUCGUUUGUUUGAAACUCUGUCUGUACCAUCGGCUGUCAAUGUCACCCACAAGUGAUUUCCCUUUCUGCUUUAAUCCUAAACUAAAUCAAGGUGAUCCGUCUCACUGGGCAGCACAGGGCUCGUCUGCUCGUCUCCAACCUGUCACAGGGGUGGGGUUGGUCAUAGCUAGGCCGAAAUCUGAUGAUAUCCAGCCAAUGUCAGAGCGGUUCCUGGCUCCCCAUUUCCUCUGCUGCCAUUUUUAGGCCUGCUGGGUAUAAAGCGGUGGUAACUGGGGCUCCAGCCAACCCAUCUGCUCUCACCAACUUUGCUGAUUCUUGUUGCUGUGCAGUUCAGUUUUCUCAGCUUUUUUUGUGUUAAAUGUUGCCAAACACUUUCUGCUGAAGACAGUCAAAAAGCAGUGGGUUUAAAUAUCAAUCAGACACUGCUUUGGUAUGUACGCGACGUGUAUGUGCGUGUGUGUUUCAUUAUGUGUCGUGUUUAAGUCUGCUUCAAAUGUUUAGUCUCAUUUACAUUUAUGUAACUGGUCAUUAUUCAAGAUUUGUUGCACCAUGAUUUGACUCAUAGCUUUUUUGUUAUCAGGAAUGUGUGAUCAUUAAAAAAAAACAAUCCUUUGCUUUUGCAUUUAUUCACUGUUAUUAACUGUAAUACAGAUUAAUACUUUGUUUUAAUGGGAAUGCCGCUGUGUUUAUGUGAGGCACAAAAUCCCUGUUCUUUAUUUACUUGAGCUGCUUUAAAAAAACCAAAACCAAAGGCUUUACUGACCAAAGGUUCAUGAGCGCUGUUGCCAAGUGACCCCCAUCUCUUCCCGUAACUGUGUACUGUAUUUUGUACUAAUUUGAUGGCUUCAGUUCCUUCACUCGGUGCUGUGUAAGAACUGUCUUUGAGCCUCGCUGGGUCAGACCUUGUCUUAUGUGGCGUGGGAUACUCUUCAUCUUUAUUUAAAACUGUUUUUAUAAGGAGGAACAGUGUGGUUUUGCACUUUUUAUGUUUCCACGGCACACAUGUGACUUGUUCCCGGACAUCCCGGCAUUUUAUUUGCUUUAACAAAUAACAAAAUAAAAUGUGUUUAAAGAACA